ACACUGCAGAGAGAGUUACGCACCGUCACAAUCUUCAGAUGUCUUUGCAUAUUGGAAACCUAUCAGCUGGCACUCGUAUAGAUGACCUUCAACGUGUUUUCCGGAAGUUUGGUAGGUGUACUGUAAGGGUGAAGGACAAGUAUGGGUUUGUAGUUUAUGAUUAUCCUGCCGGUGCUGAAAAAGCUCUUAAAACACUUUGUGGGACAAGGAUUUGUGGUCAGGCCAUAACAAUAUCAUGGUCUAAACGGCAGCCUCAGAAAUCGCAAAGGCCUCCCACUGGGGAGAAGUUGAACGAGCAACCACAUAGAAAGUACUCAAUGAAAGAAUACACUCAUCGAAGGUCGAGUUCAUAUGGUCGACGAGAGAAAGAGUUGAACCCUCACAAAGCAGAUGUCGAACUUAGAACUGAUUCUUCCAACUUAAUCUAUGAAUCAACUAGGCACUGUCCAGAUGAUUCAAAGCCUUAUGUGAGAGAAAGCGGUCAUACUUCUCCGACUGAUCAUCAUGGGAUAGGAGAUGGUAGAAAUAACCAUGUGAAUGUUAGUAGGUGGGACGAGCCGGCUAUAGACCCCUUAAGUGAAAUUUAUUUGGAAAAUAACUUGGACUUUGACCAUUAUGAGCCUCAUGACAGUGAUGGUAAAAAGGAAUUGGAUGAACGAUCUGACAUAUCUCAUUUGGUGGCUUCAUCUUCUGUCAAGAAGGUCCAAGAUAGAAGAGGGCUUUCCUACAAUGAAAAAUCUCAAAAGAGUUGCUAUAUUUGUGGGGAGUUGGGCCACAAAAGGAGCAACUGUCCACUAGAGCCAAAGAGGCAUGUCUCUGAUUGUCGACCAAGGCCACAUCCGAGUGGUGACACUUUUCCCCUCAGUAGUCAGGACAGUGACAGGAAGCCAACAACUUCAAAAACCAAUCUCAAAUUGCUGAGGCAUGGAGAUUCUUCCACUCAGGAGAUUGCUCCUAGAGGUAGGGGGAAUGAGUUCAAAGAUACAAAAAGAAAUUGGAGGGACCAUGAAAGUCAAGAUAAAAGUCAUUUUCAGAGAGCAAUAGGUCCAUCGUCAUCUUCAAUCCACUCUAAUUAUAAUUCAUCCAGAUCACAGUCACUUUCUAGAUCAUCCCAACCCUCAUCACAGUUCAAGUUGAAGUCAAUACAUCCAGAGAAAAUUUCCUUACCUUCUUCUUAUGGAUCUUCACCUUCACGCCAUUCUGGAUAUAAAACCUUAAAGUCACCACGGUCUAAAGCUGGGUCAAUGUCGCCUACCUCUUCAUUAUUACCUAAUCAAGUCAAUCAUAAUGUAUCUCCCUCUCCAAAUAAAGCUCAGGGAAAUUCCAAGGGCUCUUUGGCAAAUGUUGUUGCCUUUCAGCAAUGUGCAGAUUUAUUCGAAGAGGAAACGCAGUUGGUGAUGCCAAAGGAUUCAUCUGGAAAGGAUAAUAAUCUUUGGCAUUCUUCUUCCAAGGGCUCACAUGAGUCAUAUGUACCACUUUCAGAUGGUGAUGGGCUUAUUGUUGAUAAUCUAUCUCUGCACUUGAUGAAAGGGAUAAGAGAGUCACAACUUGAGCGACAUGUAGCUGCAACAGAAUGUAACAAUCAAUCAAUUUUGAAUGCUUCCAGAGAAGCGAGAAUGUCAUUAGAGGAAGUACACAUGGUUAUGAAACAUUAUGGCUUGCAACUCCCUGAGGAAAAUGUAAAGGACUUACCUGUUGAAGUUUAUUUUGGUUCCGCCCGCUCUUGGCCUUGGGAGAUGAUUUACUAUAGGAGAUUAAAGAAGGGUCCUAUAUCAGCUGAGAACUAUUCAAGGAGAAGUGCUCAGAAUGCAGAGAAUGGAAUUGUUGACAGACAUGUUAGAGGCAGCAGUGGAUGGGGAGAACUUCAUGAAAAUUCUUGAGCACCUUUUUCUGUGUUUUGAUAGGCACCGGCAGUUAUAUCUCUUCUCGCCUUUUUCUUAAGCGUGUUGCUGAAAUUCAUUUAGAAACCUGGCGUCAUCUUUCAUCAUGCUGUCAUGGGAUAUGACAUGACACACAAGACUUGUUGUUUCUCCUGGUUAUAAUUGCUAUCAAGUAAGGGUUUUCUUUAUAUCGGCUGUAAAACUUCUAGUCAUGGUUAUAAUACACUUGUACUGCAGUAUAAUGAAUCUUGUUUUUUGAGUCUUAACAACCAAAAUUAGUCGUCUGACUUUUGUUGGGAGCUCUUUCAUUUUGUUAUGCAAUAACUUUUUCUGCUAA